UGCCACCGGUUCAGUGCAGGUUGACUGCUUCAGCACUUGACUACAACCUAUUCUAGCUCUGGCACUUUUUUCUUUUUUUCUUUUUUUAACUUGAACUAAAGCAAACCAAUACAUAAAUAAACACACAAAAUGGAGCAUGUCUAUGAGAUUACAAAUGAGGGAAGUGUGCCCGAGAAGCCGAAUGAUGGACCCGGCAGCCCCGCAGAGCCCCAGCAUGAGGAUCAAGGAGCGGUGCAGGAGUCCCCCAGUGAGGCGAAGGUGCAGGUGCACGCCGCGCAGGAGGCGGAGGAGCGCUCCUCACCUGAUUACAUGGACACGAGGGACGGCAAAGACGAGGACGAACACAGCCACGACGAGCACUCAUCGGCGUCAUCCAGCGACGACGAAGAGGACGGAAAAGCGGAUGGAGGGGUCGAGCAGUCGCAGCCAGGGACCGAAGCGGUUGCUGCGAACGGGUGGGAGGAAAAUACGCCGGAGGUGGACGGAGUGGAGGCCGCUUCCAGACGGUCAUCAGCCUCCUCCUCCGCGUCGUCCGCGGCCCCGGGGGACCCCUGUGACGACCCGCCGAUUCAGCGGGAGGAAGACAACGCCGAGGAUGGCGUGGUUAUGGCGUUCACACACAGGGACAAGUCCCCGGAGCCGGAGGAGAAAGUUGACUACAGUGUCAAAACUCUUGAAAAUGUGGCGUUAGAUGAGAGCAGCGCGGCGCCCGCAGAUCCCGGCCAGCCCGACAUCGCUCUCUUCGUCAAGGCUGGCAGCGAUGGAGAGAGCAUCGGCAACUGCCCCUUCUCCCAGCGCCUCUUCAUGAUCCUCUGGCUCAAAGGAGUGGUGUUCAAUGUGACCACUGUGGACCUCAAGAGGAAGCCAGCUGAUCUCCAUAACCUCGCUCCGGGAACACAUCCCCCUUUUCUGACCUUCAACGGGGAGGUCAAGACUGACAUCAACAAGAUUGAAGAGUUUCUAGAGGAAAUGCUUGCUCCUCCAAAGUAUCCCAAACUGGCUGCCAAGCAGAGAGAGUCCAACACAGCUGGAAAUGACAUCUUUGCCAAAUUCUCAGCCUACAUCAAGAACACCAAGCCUGACGCCAACGCUGCUCUAGAGAAAGGUUUAACCAGGGCCUUGAAGAAGCUGGAUGACUACCUGAGCAGCCCGCUGCCGGAUGAGAUCGAUGCUGACAGCAUGGAGGAGGAGACGGGAUCCAACCGCCGCUUCCUGGAUGGGGAUGAACUUACUCUCGCAGACUGCAACCUGCUGCCCAAACUACACAUAGUCAAGGUUGUUGCUAAGAAGUACCGGAACUACGACAUCCCGUCAGACAUGACGGGGGCGUGGCGGUAUCUGAAGAACGCCUACACACGCGACGAAUUCACCAACACCUGUGCCGCUGACUCUGAGAUCGAGAUUGCCUACAAGGACGUGGCUCGGUGUCUGGCCAAGUAACUCACCGGGCGACCUGACUCUCCAACAAACAAGCUGCCCACCCGGCGCACACACAAACAUUUUUUUGCUCCCAACUUAUGCACAAAUGUCCUGCCGGCGUCAACACAAGUCAUUAGGUGACGUUUUUCAGCAACACUCGGACUCGGGUCCUCCUCAGUAAAGAUCGGAGAGCGUUCUCUCAUACCACAGCCCCUUCAGCUCACAUCCAUAUUGUAGGGUUAUGUUGGCUUUGGCCCCCCUUUUUCUGCAGCUGUGAGAUGCGAGGGCAUGCAGGUGUGGUGACGUGCAAAAUAAAUAAAUAAAUAAAAAGAUAAAAAAUGAAAAAAUAAAACCAAAUGUGAGUGCAGCUUCCGGCCACAGAAACCGAAUGUCGAAGAGCAGCAGAUGAAACAAAGCCCAACUGAAAUCCAUUUCCUCACAUUAACCGGCUGAGGCAUUUGCUGGUCUUGCUGUGAAAGCGCUGAUGACAGUCUUUUGCUCCGGCAUGGUUGUUUUUGUCCAUAUUUGUGUCACAUAACACAACAAUUACUGCACUUUUUCAGUCAUAAGCCUGCUCUUUCUGUCCACAGCCAAACGUUUUACCAGCCGCCAGUUGGUUUAUUUAUUCCUUUAUGCACACAGACAUGUAGUCGGCCUCCAGUUGGUGUCGUUAUUAUUAGGCUCCUACUCCUCGGUGGACAUUUCGAUUCAUCUCUCAUUGCCGAUAGUGAUCCCAACUUUGCCGGACUAAAUCUUAAUGUAGGCGCUGCAAUUCUAGACUCCUUCAAAGACAUUUGAUUAAGUGUUGGUGUAAUUGUUUUGUUUAACUGAUCUUAUACAUAUAUUUAAAAAAAGUUCAAUAUCCUUAGGAGAUUACCUUGUAAACUGGGUGAUAUGAAGAAGUGAAGAGACAGGCCAGAGCAGUUAGCCGGCGGUUGGCCUUGCGUAGCCCAGAACAAAGCUCGCUUCUGAUUGGUUUGCAUGCACAAAUCUCUGCUGUAAUGUCCAACGAAUGAAAUAAGAGCCUAUUUUUGAAAUACAUAUUCAUAAUAAAUUGCCUAAACCAUGUGCCUUUCUUUGGAAAUAUCAAAGUACCAUGCCAACGUCACUGACUCAUUAUGACAAAUGUAUUUCAACCAGAACCAAGACGUUUGUUUUAAGCCGCUAGCUAUUAGUGUUCAGUCUAAGGUAUUGAUUUUGUCUUAGGUUACACAUGAUAUUAUGAAUGGAGAAAGUAUUUAUUUGGCAGCCCAAUCAGGCCUGAUUAGGUAGGGCCAUUAGCGCUGCGAUGAAAAGCGGCUUCCAGGCCGCGUCCUCCAUGGUCAGGAGGCCUGGCCUCCAGCCCUUCAUCAGAGAGACGUUUCCUCUCCUCUGAGUCUAUCAACAUUCACAGAGUUCAAAGUUCACAUUCAAAAGUUUCUUUGUCCACGCAGAAUAGGAUGGAAAUUUGUCUCGGGGCUUAUCGUCUUUGGCUUGGUCUGAGGCUGCAACUAUAAGCUAGACUUUCCUUGAAGGACCGUAAGGCUCUUGUGUGGUUUGGACAAUCAUUUGAGAUGAAAUUGGAGCAUGAUGACUGGGAGGCUUGCUCACUGCAAAGCUCUACGAAUAAAAUAAUAUU